AUGCCUUCGUUGUCAAGUUCUAAGUUCAAGGCUGAAAGGAUUGGAAUUAGUUUAGAAAAAUUAAACAAUAAAUUAUCGAAUUUGUUAGAAGAAAAUAAAAGGCUUAAACAACAACAUAAAGACCUUCAAGAAGAGAAUCAACGUAUUAAUUCGGAUUUCGGAGAAAAACUUCAAGAAAAAGAUGAGCAAUUGGAAAAGCUUCAACAAAAGGUUUCAAAUUUGGAAACUCAAAAAAAUGAGUUUGAAAUCAUUUCUCAAACUUUAGAAAAAACUUUAGAAUUGUUAGAAUUAGGUGGUGAACAAAAUAACAGUCAAACAUUAACAUUUCCUUUAAACGAUAAUGAUAGUAUUCAACUUGCAAAAAAUUUUACAAAUUCUUCCAAACAUUCUUGGAGCUCCUAUAAUAAAGAUAAUAUUCGAAUCGUGGUUGGAUUAGACUUUGGAACAACUUACUCUGGAUUUGCUUAUAGUCAUGUUAUUAAUCCACAAAACAUAAUUGCACAUGAUCAUUGGCGUGAAUAUAGUGGCUUUUCUAAAAUUAAUACGGUUCUUAAAUACGAUGAUGAAUAUGAAAAUGUUAUAUCAUGGGGCGCCACAGCUUUAGCUGAAAAGCCAACUCGAAGGAAAAAAGUUGGUAGUGUGCCGCCGAUUGAAUUGUUUAAAUUGCAUCUAAGUGAUUUACCCAAUAAGUUUAAACCGAAGCUUCCACUUUCACUUGACUAUAAAAAGGUUAUUACUGAUUAUCUUAGAGAAAUCGGAAAGGUCAUGAAGGAGGCAAUUGUAAUGAAGUGGCCGAACACUGAUUUAUUUAAAAACGUAUUAUUAGUUCUUACGUUUCCUGCAGAAUAUUCGGAAAAAGCAAGAUCGACUAUGAGAGAAUGCGUAUAUAAUGCAGGGUUGAUUAAUGAUAUAAAUUCAACAACAUUACAAUUCAUUACAGAACCCGCUGCAAUAUCAAAUUUCAUGGUUGUCGACUGUGGUGGUGGCACGGUAGAUCUGACUACUCGUAAAUUGAUUAAUAGAAAUCAUUUAGGUGAAAUCACUGAAAGAUCUGGGGAUUUCUGUGGAAGUACUUAUAUUGAUAAAGAAUUUAUUAUAUAUUUAAGUAGAAAACUUGGGCAUAGUGCUAUGGAAUUGCUCAAAGAAAACCAUUAUGGACAAAUGCAAAACUUAAUUCAAGAAUUUAAUAGACAAUGUAAAUUUCAAUUUACGGGAGAAGUCCAAAGCUUUAGACCUUAUAAUUUGUAUCUCGAUGAUACUAUUCCCGUGAUAAAGCAAUACAUUACUGGUGAGAAUAGAGCAAUUUUGGAAGAGACGGAAUGGGAAGUUGAACUUGGUUUUAAUGACAUAAAAUCAAUGUUUGACCCUGUUGUUGAAAAAAUUUUACGAUUGAUUCAUGCACAACUCGAUAGUUCUCUUGAAACAUGUUCGGCUAUGUUUUUAGUUGGAGGUUUAAGUGAAUCAAAAUAUUUACAAAAGAGAAUUAAGCAAGAAUUUCAACACAUAGUACGUAUCAUUUCAAUUCCUAGUAAACCUAUGGUUGCAAUUGAACGUGGAGCUGUGAUGUAUGGAUUAUCUAUGAAUUCAGAUUCAAAUGUCAUUGCUUCAAGAAUUCUUAAAUAUACUUAUGGUGUUAAAGUAAGAAAAUUCUGGACGAAAGACGAUCCAAUUCAUAGAAAAGUCCAUGAUGGGCGCAUUGAUAAAUUUGAUUGUUUGGCCAAGCGUGGUACUCCAAUGAAUGUUAAUCAAGAAAUUACGUGUACUUAUUUACCACUUUAUCCUACCCAAACAAAAGUAGUUUUUUAUCUAUAUUAUACUCAAGAAUAUGAUGCACAAUAUUGUGAUGAGCCUGGUAUGAAACUUUUAGGGAAACUUAACAUGGAUCUUCCUGGAGCAGGCCUUGAUAAACUUUCUUUCGGGUUGGCUUUUGGACAGAUGGAAGUUACCGCCACUGUAAAGAAUGAAACUAACGAACAAAAGUCCAAGAUUAAUUUCGAAUUCGACGUCUAA